AUGACUGCCCCUUUCCCCUGCUCCUCCGGCCAGAGCUCCUCCCUGACCCUCCAGCCUGACCAAGGGACUUCCUGGGGCAUCCACAACCCGCAUUCCCCUGCUUGGCCACCUCCAGGGGCUUCCAGACGCCCAUACAAGGACCUGAAGAAAGCUGGAGAGUGGUUCGCGGCGGGAGUGCGCAUGCGCCUUACAGGUUGGCUCCAGAAUAAACUGGCAGCCCAGCGAAGCCUGAGCGUGCUGACAGCUCGUCCUGACCUUCGCCCGGACCGGUCUUUCUGCUUCAUUGCCUUCUCUUGGCAUCCUUGGAGCAUUCACCGGGAGCAGCACAGAGUGAUCCUGGACAUCUGCUGGGAGGCCCAUGCAGUCGUCUCCAGGGUCACAGCGGAGCCCCCAUCCAAUAUCCCUCAGUGCUCCCCCUUUUAUCUUACGCCUCAGACUGCUCUGCCUUCGGAGGCCUCUUCCCAUCCCCAGGAUCUGUGCCCAGUGGGAGAAGAGAUGUCUCCAGAUCUCCUGACCUCGGAGCACCAGAUGGGCACAGCCAGAAUCUUGGGGCUCCAGAACCCGGCAGAGAUGCCUCGGGGGCACGGUGUUCAGGAGAGAAUCCAGAGGGGAAAGCUGUACCCGGCUCUGCUCGUGGCCUCUCCCAUGAGCCCCGCUCAGGAGCCGUGUCUGGCCUUACAGGAGUCGCUGACGUUCCAGGACGUGGCCGUGCACUUCACCUGGGACGAAUGGCACCGCCUGAACCCCGCGCAGAGGAGCCUCUACUGGGAGGUGAUGCUGGAGACCUUCGAGCACCUCGUGGCCCUGGGGCUUCCGGGCUUCAAGCCAGAUGUGAUCUCCUGCCUGGAGAAGGGAGAACCUCUGUGGAUGGACCCGGGGGAGGCCCCCAGAGACCCCCACCCAGGUUCUUUUCCUGAUGAAAUGUGUGAAACCAAAGUUCCGGGACCAAACCAGGCCAUUUCUGAGGGAGCAUCAUCCAAGGAAAGGCUGCAGGAGCAAAGAACUUCUAGAGACAAACCCAAUAAAUGGAAUGAGUGUGGGAAAGCCUUUAGCAAGAAUGCACUUCUUAUCUGUCAUGAGAGAAGAAUUCACACUGGAGAAAAGCCUUUUGAGUGUUUUGAAUGUGGGAAGAACUUUAGCCAGAGAUCAUCACUCAUUUCACAUCAGAGAAAUCAUACUACAAAGAAUCUCUUCGAAUGUAAUGAAUGUAGGAAAGCCUUCCGUGACAAGUCCCACCUUACUGUACACCAGAGAAUUCAUACUGGAGAAAAACCGUUUGAAUGUAAGGAAUGUGGGAAAACUUUUAGCCAGAGUUCAUCACUUAGUUCACACCAGAGAAUUCACACAGGAGAGAAGCCCUUUGAGUGUAAUGAAUGCGGGAAAGCCUUUCGGGACAAAUCUCAUCUUGCUGUACAUCAGAGAAUUCAUACUGGAGAGAAACCCUUUGAGUGUAAGGAAUGUGGGAAAAACUUCACCCUGAGAUCAUCACUGACUUCACACCAGAGAAUUCACACUGGGAAGAAGCCUUUUGGAUGUAAUGAAUGCGGAAAAGCCUUCCGAGACAAAUUUCACCUUAUUGAACAUCAGAGAAUUCACACAGGAGAGAAACCCUUUGAGUGUAAGGAAUGUGACAAAACCUUCCACAACAAAUAUCAGCUUUCUCUUGUUGUACACCAGAGAAUUCAUACUGGAGAGAGACCUUUUGAAUGUAAUGAAUGUGGAAAGGCUUACCACAACAAAUCUCAGCUUACUGUACAUCAGAAAAUUCAUACUGGAGAAAAACCAUACAAGUGUAAUGAAUGUGGAAAAAGUUUCAGCCAUAGGAAAUCAUUCAUUUUCCAUCUAAGAAUUCACACUGGAGAGAAACCCUAUGAAUGUAAUGAAUGUGGGAAAGCUUUCCACACCAAAUCUCAUCUUACCGUACAUCAGAGAAUUCAUACUGGAGAAAAACCAUAUGAGUGUAAUGAAUGUGGGAAAAAAUUUAGCCUGAGAUCAUCCCUUAUUAAACAUCUUAGAAUUCAUACUGGAGAAAAACCCUUUGAGUGUAAUGAAUGUGGGAAAAACUUCAGCCGGAGGUCAUCACUUAUUUUACAUCAAAGGAUCCAUACCGGAGAAAAACCCUUUGAGUGUAAUGAAUGUGGAAGAAACUUCAGCCAGAGGUCAUCACUAGUUUCACAUCAGAGAACUCAUACUGGAGAAAAACCCUUUGAGUGCAAUGAAUGUGGCAAAAAUUUCACCCGAAGGUCCUUACUUAGCAAACACAAAACCAUUCAUACAGGAGAGAAACCCAAGUAAUAUGAUAAAUGUAGGGAAGCUUUGCCAUGCGGAGUUAGUAAAGAAGAAUUGAUGCUGGAGUAGAGGCUUGAAACCUUUGAAACAGAGUUCAUGCUUGGCUUGUUAUCAGAGACUUCCUAUUUGAUAGAAACUAAAAAAGCAGCAAAUGCAGAAGAGCCUUCAGCCAAACGGUGCUUUACUGAACGUUGGAGUGUGUGGUGAGAAAUCCUUUAAGGGCAAAAAAAUGCAGGGAGGUCUUUGGUACUAAUGGAACACUUUAGAAGGCUCAGACAAUUCCCACAAAAGAAAAAGUCCUGAAUACAGUAACUGGGAUGAUCUUCGUGGCAUAGAGUUCCUUCCUUGUUUAAUAGCAUAGACUUAGUGCUGGAGAUGAGUUGCAGCAAUGUGCUAAUAGUGGGAGCUUCCUAACAGCUAGCUGCCAUUUGUUUGAUGCUGGAGAACCAAGAUCCGCUGACUUGGUCACAAGCCACACUACUUUGUGGUAUUUUGAGAGGCAAAUAAUGAUUUCCUUUGUUUCUCCUGAGCUCCAAGCCAUUUCUACAGAUUGCUGCUAGGUGGCAGUAGAGUUGUACUGGUCAGUGCAUCUCCAACAAUUAUCUAAAACUUAUUUUUAACUCCCAGGGACAAGUUAUAGGCAUUCAGAUGCAUAAGAAACCUCAGUCCAAAAGGUGUGUAGUUUUUAACAUAGCCACAAAAAAACAU